AUGUCGGACGCAAAACCGGUGUCUUUUGUUCAGCAGGUAAAACAAGCAUACGAGCAAGUGGUUGCAGCAAUUAUUCGACCACCAAGAACACAAUACGCCCCGCAUCAACUUGGGCCUAAACUAUUCGAGUUCUUGGGCCGGCCAUUCGAGCGCGAGGACUUUUAUGUGUAUAAUUUUCAUGGACAUGCCCUCGCUUGCUCCCGCUGGCGAGCCGUGGAGCCUCUAGCACGCAUGUUGCCGACGCUUAUUUUUAUGCACGGUAAUGCGUCUAUCGCAGAGUUAUCUGCUCGCGUCGAGGCUCUUCCGCAACUUUCAGUAUGUCUUUCCCUUGGAAUUGCAGUCGUUUCUUUUGACUUUUCUGGUUCUGGACUCUCAGAUGGUGACUAUGUCACGCUGGGAGCAUUGGAGCGUCUUGACAUUCACACUGUCGUCCAAUAUCUUCGGGAUGAAGGUGCAACGUCAACGAUCGCAUUUUGGGGCCGUAGCAUGGGUGCGGUAACUGCGCUUUUAUAUGCCGAUGAGGACAAUAUGCUUGACGCAAUGGUGCUAGACUCUCCAUUCGCAUCGCUGCGAAUGCUCGCAGAGGAGCUUGUUCAACGAGCGACAGCCAAUUCCUCCAUUAGAAUUCCAAACUUUGCUGUCGCUGGUGUCUUGCGACUAGUAAGAUCAACUAUUUUGAAUCGAGCUCACGUUGACAUAAAUGAUAUUGCGCCAAUCGACCAUGUCGCAAAGAUGUAUGUACCAGCACUUUUCUGUGUAGUUCGUGCCGAUUCUUUUAUUUCAAAUUGGCACUCUGAUCUGCUUCACGCAAACUAUGCGGGUGACAAAUUCAUCCUCGCAGUGGAUGGUGAUCACAAUGAAAUGCGACCGCCUUCGAUGCAUGUUUUUGUACGUCGGUUUCUUCAGCGAUACAUGCAGGUCCCAGCAGCUUGGGCCCUUGAAAGCAGGGAAACUAUAUUUUCAACCCUGAUGCCGUGGCAUCCAGCCCAUGGGCGAGCCCUUCAAGACGGCCCUCAUUGCCUGUGCUCUCUGGGUGAACCCAUGGCUGCAACCGAAAUUGGUGGUGAACAAGCCGUUGGCAUGAGCAAGGACCUUGUUAACGAAGUUGAAGGGCGCGUGUCCGCGCUUCUUGACGUGAGUUUCGACAACUACACGCUCCACUUCGACUCAGCGUGUAUAGCCAAUAUCUGCCACUGUGGUCUUUCGUAUCUCAGAGGGGCAGACUGCUUUUCAGCCGAAACUAAUCUGGCUAGCUGGGAUGAUUUUGGCCAAAGAAGACGACAAAAGGCAGCAAGCAUCGCUGGCACAACGCAGGAUCACGUUCAGGGAGGCAGGGCGCCAGCCAGUGUAAACAGAAACAGUGUUCGUGUGCUGUCAGUUGUGCCAGCACAGCAGCGACCUCCCCGGAGUGUGCCAAUACAGUCGAGUCCAGCUUCUGUUGGCACAUUCCGGUGGGUGCUAGAAGCGGGUGCUAGAAUGGAUGCAGCAUCAUUUAAUCAGCCGCUAAAUUGGAAUGUUUCUAAUCUUGGUAGCUUGAGGGGCAAUUUACUAGGGCGAGGCAUUUGGGGUAUUUCUCCCUACGAGCGUCAACAAUCGAGCAAAUCUACUUCAAGUUACGACCUGUGUCAGGCCCAUCUCUCUACCCAAACAGUGGUGGUGGCGGUGGCGGCGGGGGGGGGGCUGGCCCUCGGUUCAUUAGGUGGUGUUCGAAGUACAGCACCACUCCUAUCAUACUCGGACGAUGUAGUACCCAAAUUGGGCCUCCUUCCAGGUAACUCGAAGUAG